AUGCCGUUCACGAAUGAUGACUACCUUCCCACCUUUGAAGAUUUACAGGUGGAGGAAUUGAAGUUGUCUUCUGCACCUCUCCGAGCGGGCGCUCAUCAUUUUGGAAAAUACUGUGACAACCAGUGCAAAGAAUUUAUGUUAUGCAAUGAAGAAGAAAAAGAUCCUAGGAAAUGUUUGAAUGAAGGCAAGAAUGUAACAAAAUGUGGUUUGGAGUUUUUUAAUAAAGUGAAAGACAACUGUGCUGUGGAAUUCACUAAAUAUUGGAAAUGUGUUGACCAUUCUGAUCAUGAUAUGUCAUUCAGACAUUGCAGAAGGUUGCAGUCAGAAUUUGACAAAUGUAUAUUUGACAAGUUGGGACAGGAGCGCCCUCCUCUGGGCUACUUCUCGAAGAUCAGAGUUCACAACACCACUCGUCCGAAACCUGAAAGAAAAUUGAAUUUGCCCGAGAAAGAUCCCUUGUAUGAGAUUGGUCCUGAUCUGGCCAAUCCACCUCCAUCUAUUAAAACUGGAUCAAGAAUAAUUUAA